AAUUUCACUUGUUGAUACAUGUCACGUUGACUGCAAAAUAAAGAUACCCAGACAUUGAGAAUUGUACAUUUCACACGAAGAAAAGCAGUGCUAUAGUAAAUAGCCGCUGCCUUUGACUUAUGCCCUGCUAUUUUUAUACUUAGUGCAAGCGUCCUAAAAUCAUUCUGUCCUCGCCAUCAGAAAAAGAAGGUGUUACAAAAUAAACACAAGCAACAAUUCCAUUUUGACGUCACGUUCGUUUGUAUUUCUUUCUUUUAUUAUUCUAGAAGAUGGCACAAUACUUGAUUGCCAACUGGGAUUAUACAGCUGAAGGAAACUUUGAGUUAUCUUUUAAAGAAGGUGACAAAAUAAAGCUAUUAGAAAAGCAUAACGACGACUGGUGGGAAGGUGAAUUAAACGAUGAAAUUGGAUUUUUUCCUGCCAAUAGAACUAUACCAUUUGUCGAUAAAAAACAAGAAGAAGCGGUAGAAUUAGCUAAAAAGACUUCAAUUUCAUCGACUACUUCUUCAUCUUCUGACAGAUUUAAAAACUCAGCUUCUAGUACAACAGAGUACAAUCAAAUAUUACCCUCGGAUUGCCCUAAUAUUGGCGCGAAGACAAUAUCCCCUAACAACCCAUACCACCAGCAUACCAUAUCUACUCCAAAAGCACCUAAAGUUGAAUCAAAAGAAACCCUUUUGAUUGACUUAUCUGCAGCUGAAGAAGAUCUUCCACCAGGAUGGUCAUAUUCCUAUGAUGAUGCUGGCACUAUUUAUUUCUUUAGUGAAUCUACAGGUGAAUCACAAUGGGAGAAGCCUCAAUUAAAGAAGUCAAAGGAAAACAUGAUUGAUUCCACCAGUUUGACUGAUCUUGUUUACGAUAUGAAUAAGAUGAAUCUAGAAGCACUCCAUCCCAAUUGGAUUCGAGCCCAAAGUAGUGUACAGAUAAAAAUGAUAUCGGAAAAGAUGGAGCACUCUUGGAAAAAUUAUUAUGCUGUCUUGACAACCUAUGGAUUCGUUCUGAUCUAUAAAGAAAGCUUGUCGAACUUUAGCCACAGAAGACCAACUUCAAUUAAGCCAAUACUUGCUUACGGCACAAUUGAUCUGCGCUCUUUUGAAAUUACACCGGCUACCAAAUCAGAUACACGCAAGAAGUUUGCUUUUGUUGUCAAAAACACAGCAGCAUCUGUAACGAUCAUGUUAUCUUUACCUAAUGAAGCAGUUUAUUCAGAAUGGUCUGAUGCAUUUAUGCGCGAGAAGCUGGCAAUAAAGGAGCAAAAGCAACAACAAGACGCAAGCUUAAUUCAAAUGUUUGCUUCUAUUCCAAUUCAUUCAAAAAUGUCAGAAACUGUCGGCAGAAAAAAGUCAAUUACUUCGCCAGGUGAUAUUAACAAUGAGACGCAUGAUAAUGAAGCAAAGUCGGGCACUACUUUGACAAGAUGGUUUUCCAGAUCAAAUAGGAAUAAUAAGUCGCAAGCAUUAUCAAGUGCAACUCCAAGCUCUUCUUUGGCAACUAAUGAAGUCUUUGGUAGGCAACUUAAGUUAGAUGAAAAUGGUGAUAUACCGCUUAUUGUUCGUUCCUGUGUUGAACAAGUUGAAAAAAGAGGUCUUGAUGUAGUUGGUAUUUACAGACUUUCAGGUCAAACAACAAGUAUUCAGAAAUAUAAGACACAAUUCAACACAAAUCCUCAAGAUGUUGACUUGGAUCAAGAACAUGACAUUAAUGUGAUUACUGGCUUACUUAAGCUUUACUUUCGUGAACUUAAGAAUCCCUUAUUGACUUUUGAAUAUUAUGAUCGUCUUAUUGAAGCUGCUCGCUUACAAGACCAUCACGAGCGUAUGUUUAGACUCAAAUCCAUUAUUCAGGUAUUGCCUGUUGCUAACUACAAAGUCUUCCAAUACCUCAUCAAGCAUUUGGAGCAUGUCAAAAACCACAGUCAGGUCAACAAAAUGGAAGCUUCAAAUCUUGCAUUGAUCUUUUCGGUUGGGCUUUUAAGACCAAAACAUGACGAUGUAUCUGCUUCCAUUUUGCAUAGUGACUUGGCUAGUAAAGUAAUAGAAUGCGUGCUCAUGCAUGCAGACUGGUUUUUUGACACUGAUACAGAAGAUGAAGACGAUGCUAGCGGUUUUAAUAAUAACAGCAGUGUUAUUUAACUCUUAUAAAGCGUUAGAGAAGUUGGGUUUUUAUUGGUUUUUUUAUUAAGCAAAAAAAGGAA